AUGCUCUGACGUAUCUUCCGGUCCGGGCCCCGCCCUUUCUGCAAUCGGAUGUCCGUAGAAGGACCGGAAGUCGGGAGAAGAGGUGUGGGGUGACCACGUGGGGGUCAGUGGAACGGAAGUAAUACGAUCUUACGCAGCCGUAAAGCGCGGUCGGUCGAACCAUUUUCCGGUUAGCGACAACGGCCGGCUCGGACGCCGGUGCUAUCCUUCCUGUAGACCGCAACUCGGUGAGACCUUCGGCAAAUAACGCUUCACCUCAGCUUUUCCCUUUCGGCGCCCCUUCACCAAGAUCAUGUUCAAGAAAUUUGACGAGAAGGAGAGUGUGUCCAACUGCAUCCAGCUGAAAACUUCCGUUAUUAAGGGUAUUAAAAGCCAACUGACUGAGCAGUUUCCAGGUAUUGAACCAUGGCUUAAUCAAAUCAUGCCUAAGAAAGACCCCGUCAAAAUAGUGCGAUGCCAUGAACACAUGGAAAUCCUUACAGUCAAUGGAGAAUUACUGUUUUUCAGGCAGAGAAAAGGACCUUUUUAUCCAACGCUGAGAUUACUUCACAAAUACCCGUUUAUCUUGCCACACCAGCAGGUCGACAAAGGAGCCAUCAAAUUUGUGCUCAGUGGUGCAAAUAUCAUGUGUCCGGGUUUAACGUCUCCCGGAGCGAAGCUCUAUGCUGCUGCAGUAGAUACCAUCGUGGCGGUCAUGGCAGAAGGCAAAGAGCACGCCCUGUGUGUCGGAGUCAUGAAGAUGGCUGCAGCAGACAUUGAGAAAAUCAACAAGGGGAUCGGCAUUGAGAAUAUCCAUUAUCUAAAUGACGGGCUGUGGCACAUGAAGACGUAUAAGUGAGCCUUAGACGCAAUGCACUUGAGCUAAAUAUAAAUAUUGUGUUGUAUCUGUGUUUGUGUCUGUAUAUGACAUCACGAAGACAAUGCCUCUGUGGUUAUGCUGAAUAAAUUCA